UCUCCGUGCAUUUUGUAGCCAACUGUCCAUGAUUGCAUUUAUCUUUCGUAAAGUGCUCGAGCAAAUCUGGACACAAAUCGUUUGGAAAACGGUCAUUCUCAUUCAACCGGGUAAUCGCCCACGAGGAAAUUAGAUCAGAAACCACGGACAAGUAAAUCGGCAAGAACAGCUAGCUGUUGAUCAUGUCCGGGAUUCGGAGAGCAAGCCAUGCCGGCAGUUGGUACACACACAGCUCAUCCAAGCUCAACACCGAACUCGAUGAAUGGCUCUCCGAGGUACCCGACAAGAUCAAUGAGAGCGACGUCCCUAUCAAAGGUGCGAGCGUAAUUAUUGCACCUCAUGCCGGCUAUAGCUACUCGGGACCUUGCGCCGCCUGGGCCUACAAGGUCUUUGACGUCAGCGCCGCAAAGCGUAUCUUUGUACUUGGGCCCUCACAUACGUACUAUCUUUCCGGCUGCGCCCUGACGACCUACGCUACCUACGAAACGCCGCUCGGCAACCUCCGGGUGGACCUUGACACGAUCAAGCAGCUCCGAGACACGGGCAAGUUCAAGGACAUACCGCGCGACAACGAUGAGGACGAGCACAGCCUAGAGAUGCACCUGCCGUACCUGGCCAAACGGCUGACGCAGACGUUUGGUGGCGGCAGCGAUGGCGACGGCGACGCCUCGUGGCCGCCCGUGGUGCCCAUCCUGAUUGGCGACAACAAGCGAGACGCGGAAAAGGCCUUUGGAGAGCUGCUGCUGCCGCACCUGCGUGACCCAGACAACGCCUUCAUUGUCAGCUCCGACUUUUGUCACUGGGGUAACCGGUUCAGCUACACCAAGUACACUGCCGACGGCACCGUCGAGGGCGUAAGGAGCCUCGGCAGGGCGGACCGGAACUUGCCGGUCCCGAUACACGAGGGCAUCCGGGUGUUGGACCACCUGGCCAUGGACGCCAUCGAGACCGGAAGUCAUGACGCAUUUUACGAUAACCUCAAGGCGACCGGGAACACGGUCUGCGGGCGUCACCCGAUCGGUGUCGUCAUGGCUGCGCUGGAGAUGCUAAAGAAGGAGAGGGCUGGUGGUGAUGGAGCCGCGUCAGGUUCCAAAAAGGGGGACGGUGUGUUUACCUUUGUCAAGUAUGACAGGAGCAGCCUUGUCGAGAAUGUCAGCGAUUCCAGCGUCAGCUACGCUGCGGCUUACGCGGUGAUUUGAAGCGAUGACUUGGGGUGCAAGAGUUGAGUCAUUUUGCGAAGUUGGUUGUGCUCGAUCGCUGGCAUUUAUUUUUUAUAUUUUUUAUGGGAGAUCAAUCAAAAUCCCAUUCCCUUAUACAUUGUGCCUCAUCUUCAAGAAUAGCGUCGCGGGUUUCGAAGACAAGGGGACUUAUCGGGAUAAGCCGCUGUAAUACUACUAGUUCUGGUAGAACGGUGGGUAGAUCAGGGAUGACAUUUGCCAGAAGUUUGUUUGAGGAGAUGGAGAUCAAUUCUGGAGCACGAAAGAAAACCCCCCCCCCCGGCUAUAGAUCAUAAAUAGUUCGCGGCGAUUGUAAGGCAACCUCAGGCUCCUUGACCCGAUGCAGCGAAUUUUGCCGUCGAGCCGAUAGGGGGUUUUCCGAUUGGGGUCUACCGAUAUUAUUACAUCCGGUAUGCAAAUCCACCGACGGCACAAUACCCAAGAUGAUGGAUGUUUGUUUAUUAGGUAAGAUUAAGAUUGCUGAGUAUCCAAGCUUGCUAAGGCGUCUAUUUUCUUUACUUUUCCCAUAGGCUAGGCUAUAUUAGCAAAUUGUAGGAUUUAGCUUGUUCGCCUUAGACUCAGCCCUUGACUUCUUUUGAAGCUAGCCGA